AUGGGUACCCUGAUCUCCAGACCGACUCUAAGGUUGCGCCGAAGUUGUCAUAAUGGUGUCACAGUUCAGGAUCAAACGAGCCUGUCCCUACCCAGGGGGCCGGUCUCAAGAGAGGAGCCACAAGACGAUUGGCACAAACGGCCCUCGAGCGGGAUGAACAGAACAGCACAUACGGUGAAGUUCGAUCGCAUCCGGUUCGUUGUGCCAUCGCUAUCAGUAGCAUUGGGCGCGUUGUUUGGUAUCACCCUGAUGGUUGCUAUGGAGCAGGCAAAGAGAUAUAAACCGAGUCUCAUCCGGUCCCAAAUCGAGCUUCGUGGAUCAAAUUGCCUCCAAACAAGCCUUGGCCCUCUAUCAAAGCCGACGAAAACCAGCAACUGGACAAGAGGUAGUCGUCGUUUAUCUGCAGUUAUACAAGCCAGUCCGUUGGUAGACUCUUGCAACCCGAUCUCAACUAUACCACUCAAGAUGCCUUCUAAGCCUUCCAAUAAGAACGCUCUCCCUGAGCCUCAAGGCCUCGUAUACGACGAAUCCGACAUGGCACUCUUCCGCGCAAAGCUUUCGUACCACGCAACAAUCGAAAGUCGGCUUGCCUCAAACGAUACCAACCUUAUAUCCAUCUCCGAGCAUCAGGCCCGUAUCAUCAAGCGCUGGGAAAUGCUGAAGCAGGUGGAGAAGGAUAUGACAGAGAAAGGCAAAAUCCUUUCUCCAGGGGAGAAGAAGCAGCUGGCCCAGUAUGAGUGGCGGUAUAAGAUGUUGGAGGAGCUCGCCACGAAAAGCAGCAAAUGA